GGAGGGACUAUUUGCUUUUGACUAUUGAUUCGAUCUUCGUAGUCCGCACCCGCCCGUCUCCAAAAAUGUCUGAAACAACCACAGAGUAUUCUACCAUCCAGACUACCGACGGAGUCGCUCUCGAUGCCCGAAUUUUCCGGCCAUCCGCUGCCGAUCACGACCAUAAGGGUGCCGACUAUUCGGCGUUAGCACUGGUGAUGGUGCAUCCCUACUCAGUGCUAGGUGGCUGCCAGGGACUAAUGAAGGGGAUGGCCCGCGGUCUGGCGAGUAGAGGACUAACAGCUAUCACAUUUGACACCCGCGGAGCCGGAAGAUCCACCGGCCGCGCUUCCCUCACCGGAUCCGCCGAGGUCAACGACGUUGUUUCCGUCUGCAAGUGGGCCGCCAAUGACCUCUCCGCGAGCCGCAUCGUCGUCGUAGGAUCCUCCGCCGGAGCUGCAAUCGCCGGAUCUGCAAUUGAUAAGGUGGAGGAAGUAGUGGGCUACGUCAGCUUAGGGUACCCCUUCGGAUUCACAGCUUCGGUUCUGUUUGGAGGACACCAAAAGGCCUUAUUGCAAUCCCUAAAGCCGAAGCUGUUUGUGAUGGGUACAAAAGAUGGGUUUACCAGUGUGGGGCAAUUGGAGAAGAAGCUGAAGAAAGCUGUGGGUGAGAAUAACCAAACGCAUCUCCUUGAAGGGGUUAGCCAUUUUCAGAUGGAAGGUCCUGCUUUUGAUGCUCAAAUGGUUAAUUUGAUUCUUGAGUUCAUUACAUCUUUGUAAUGCUAUUCUUGUAACUUAUUCAUUGUAACAUCUCUUUUAAUAUUCUCUCUCCGUCCCAAAUUGUAAGAUAUAUUUACUAUUCACUUGGUCAACAUAAAUCAUUCUUAAUCUUUUACUUUAUAUAUCAAAAGUUUAUGAAAUUUGGAUUAUUUAUUGCAGGUUUUGUAGCGAUUUUAAUGUAGUUUCUGAAUAUGUAAAUUUUAUUUUCUAAAACUAAUUUGAGUGUUGACAGGGAUCAAUUUGCUUUAUCGUCGGUCAAACAUCGUAAACCGUAAAGUAUCUUACAAAUUGGGACGGAGGGAGUAUAAACUUUGUGUAUCGAUGGUAUAUCCUAGAUGAGUUUAUGAUUUGUGUUGGACUUGAGGUACACAUUUUUGCGUGUACACACUUUUAC